AGUGAACAGUCAGUCAAGUGAACGGUCGAGGUCAUGACUCUUAAAACCCCGAACGACGGAAAACGAAGUUGGAAUGCGAACUCCAACUUCGAACUGAUCGACGUCCUUCGAAAGAAAAACCAAUCCCAGGCUUCGGUCAACUUAGCUUCAGCGCCUGUUUUGCUAAUACUAUCUCUUUAGAGGUCGCAGAUGGGUCGUUCCAAGAACCCUAAACAAGACCGACGCCCAACUACCCAGCAGACCCCUCCUUCUCAGCCCAUCCAGAACCUCAUAUACUCCCUCCAAGCUCCCCAGGGUCUGAAACCACCAAUACUGAAAAGGUUGUAUCAUCUGCUUCUCUAUUUGUCUUCGAAUCAUCCAAUAUGUUGUCAAGGAGCAGGUGCUGAUUCAACUUUUGGGGGAAUCAGGGUGUCAUUAGAAGAUAUAUGUUCUCUUUCUGAUAUAUUAUUCAAGGAGCUUUCUAAGACGUUUAAUCAGUUUCUCUCUGCUUUACGUGCCGUUUCUGUAAAGCGGGCUCUAAGACAAGCUAGCUUGCAUUCUGCUAUUUGGGCCAUCACUGAACUGCUAAAUCUUCUGUUAAGGUGCUGUAUGGUCAUACUGAACUUACUCGUACCUGACCGUGCUUUGGAAAAUGGACAAGUUCUUCUUGAUAUCCUUGGAGAACUAUGCUCACUGGACUUACCUCAAGAAAAUGAGGAAAAUAUUAUUGGGUUUGAAAAAGUUUCUCUUAAAUACACAUAUAAGUACAAUCACUGUACUGCCUCCUCGAAUGAGGACAUUGUUGCUUCCUUGCAUUUUAUGGAGCCAGUUAACCCUUCUCUUCCUUUCCUGUGCGCAUUGCUCGAGGUGUUUGCAGAUGAGCUAUUGGUCCAUGGACAACUAAGGCAGUAUUUCAUGCUGAUUGAUUCUCUUCCUUCUACCAGUAGAAAGUUGUUUAUAUGCCGCUCUAGUCAUGGUGACCUUGGAAGUGUUACCGAAAUAGUAUCUACUCAUUUUUGUCUAUCAUUUUCAGAUGAUCAAGCAUUUGAAAAUUUCCUAAACGGAUUGUGGGCAAUCAGAAAGUAUAACAGAGCUCCUGAACUGAGCCUCACUGCUUCUUCAGUAUUACUUCUCAAUGAUUUCAUGCUUUCUGCACCUAAAUUUCUACAUGCCCAUCUGAUUUCCUUGGUUUCUGAUGCCGUCGCUUUUGACUUGAGCUUAGUAAAUACGCGAGCAGAUUUCAGAUUAAUGGAUUGUUACUUAUCAGCAUUUGAGAGGUCAGUCAUCUUGUACGUCAAACACAUGUCUAAUUCGCAAAGGAAUGAUUACCUUAGUGGGGAUUCUGUUCGUAAAACAAAAAAAUAUGGAGGAAACUCUCAGCCAACUUUUGAGUCUUACAUUCAGCCAGUCACAAGACAAAAAGUUAAGAAUCUAAUUACCAAGUUGGAUAGUUCAUGGCAAUCAGAGUUACACAUGGUCCUGAGGACGAAAUCUGACUUGGCGACUUCCUCUAUCGCAUACGUAAAGGAAAGCAAACAUGUUCUUGACACAUCAUUCAGGGAAGAGAUUAUAGCAAUCUUAAGUUGCAUAAUAUGGGAAGCUUUUUCUUCUGAAGUUGAUGACGCAACAUUGCAUGCUAGUGGGAAAGAAAGUCCACAAGAUAUGUGUCUUCUUGCUUCGAUACUGAAGUUAAUGAGCUGUUCAUUGCAACAAACUAUUUGGUGUUUGAGGCAUGAUGGCAAUUUGGGCUGUUUGAAGACCUUGAAAGACUUCUCUUCAUGUAAGGAAUAUGAUACUAUAGUGGGAAUCAUAAGUUGUUUUCAACAAGUUGGCAUCUGUUUACCAGUUCAGAAGUCCUUAUGUCGCAUGAUGGAAAUUCACCCAGAAGCUCACAAAGAGUCCAGGGUGAUGCUUUUGCACUUUUCGGGCUUGCUAUCGUUAAGCUUCAGCACUGGGCUUGAUUUCUUGGUGAAGGGUUGCAUAUCAACAAUGAUCUCAUUGAUGAAUCUCAUUCUUUUUGAAGAGGGUAAUUUAGAUGCAUUGAGGUUUGAUCACAGAUCAGAAUCCUUUUCAUUACAUCCGGAUAAUGUGCCAGAGGCUAAGGUGGAGAAAAAAUCUAGCCUCUUAGUUGCAUCCAAAUUUCUGAAAAUCCAGACUCUGUACUUAAGGACACUGAUGAUUGAGGGAUUCUGAAGCUGAUUCGUUACUGUUUAAAGCUAAUAGGAAGUUGGGAAGUGGGAUUCUAGUUGUACAAAAUAUGUAUUAGUUAGUGCUGAACUACUUGGGAGAAGGGGAAAAGGCGUUGUUCUGCGUACUUCUACUGUACCAUGAAUAGUAACUUUUGGCUUCUGUCUGACUGUGCAAGCUAAGGUCUGAGGUUGAAUUACUGCAGUGCUUGAGGGUUGAAGUAGGGAUAAGGCGUAGGAAUUAGAAAAUUAAGAAGAAACAGAAGGACAAGAACUGGGUUCUAGAAGUCACUCAUAGAAGCCUUAAGAAUCACCCCCUCGGGUUUGAUUACUUCACCUUAUCCACAAAGAAACUUGAGGCUCUACAUAUUGUCUGCAGACUUGUAACUAGUUGUGAGCAUUCCAAUAAGGAUAAUAAGAUACAGUCCCAAAAUCUACUUAAAACCAGAUAGGACACGAAAUUAGAAAACCAACUAAAAUACUUGGCACACACAUGACCAUUCGGUGACCUCUAUAGGUAUGUCCAGCAAACUGUGGAGUUACCAAAAUACUGUUUACCUGUUAACAAUUAGAAACAAUAAAAUCAUAACAAAUUAGAAGCUAACUUACAUAUUCUUGAAUUGCAAUUCUCCUAAAAGCCUAAAAUCUUAAACAUGCAUGGUCCAAUUGAUCCCAACUGGGUUCGGCUUUAUCCAAAUGAUUUCAAACUCAGUUAACUUUACUGUUUCUUGAUCUUUUAUGGUCCACAUUAAUUAGCCAUUUCACCAAUUUGUUUGUAGUCGUACUGCUUAUUAGUGAAACAAUGUAUUCUUGAUAAAAUUACUUGUGAUCCAUGUUUUGGUCCUUUUGGACAAGAACCUUCAGUUGGUAGAUGGCUUGAUAUAAGUUAUUGGGGCUCAGAUGGCUUCAUAUAAAUUAGCGGGCUCAAGCUUUCGAGGAAUUGAUGAUCCGAUAUAGCAUCCAAGCUACCACCUGAAUUCAACUAUUGUGUUAUAUUUCUGUUUCCCAGCUAGGUUUCGUAAUUGUGCACUUUAUUCCUAGUGCAUUGUAGCACCCUUCUUAGUUUUGUGUGGAUUUUAUUGGUUCAUCUCUUGAGGUGGGAUAGGGCUAGCUUAAUAUGGUAUUUUGACCCAUUUUGUAGCAGUUUUUUCAGGCUUUUUUUUAUCUAACAGGACUCAUUGUAUCUUUGUGUCCCUUAUCUUCUUGCAUCUUCUUAGACACUGCUAUUAGUUUUGUAAGGGCCAUAGUAGAUUAUACACGCGAAGUUGAUUUGGGCAAGAGCGUUUUUGUGAUUGGAGAGAAACACAUUUUGUGUGCUCCUACUGUGAGAUGUGCUCCGUUUCUUGUUGUGAAUAGAAAGCAUCUCUAAGCACUUGUGCCAGCAGUCCAAGAUUUGAAGGAUAUAUCAAAGACUUUGUUAUUAUCCGUCAAAUAUAGCUCUAGAUCGAAUAUAUACACGUGUUGGUCAUUGACAGCAUAUACUCCAACCGAGAAACUUGCUAUGUUAGAGGCAUUGAGCAGUUUUACAAGAAAUUUUUUAUGUUCUGAUAGAAACGUACUUAUUACGAGAUUGGCUAACAAACAUCAAGAUUGUCCGAUUCUACCUUUGAAUUAACAAUAGAAGUGUUUACCUACCAUUUUCCCUUCAAAAGAGCAUCUUAGUUGCCACAAGAUUUCUUCUCGUCUGGGUUCUUGUUGAACAUGUUGAUCACACCAGCAUUAUAAGCGUUCACACUUCACUGUAGGUGCAAUCAUGGGAAUAAAUUCAGCAAUACGUCUAUCUUAGAGUUUUUUUCUACUAAAUAUCCUAGAUUUCAGUCAAAGAUGUUUAAGAGCGUCUUAUAUUGGUUUUGUUUUCAAUUAAUUUUGCAGAAGUAUAAUGCAAGCAAGCCAUUUAUACUUCAUGCUGCUCUUCUUAAGAUGGAUAAUGUCACGUUGUCCUGGUUGUUUUCGAGAACAUGUAAUCUUUUGGAGCAUCAGGAAAUUUAUCUUUUCGUGGCAAACACACCUGCUAAUCUUCCGAUGAACACGACUUUUUGCCUUUUCUGACACUCUCAAAGCAGGCCAGCAUGCAUACUGCUGAUUUAGCAUACGACUAUUUGCAUCAAUUCUCACAAAUUUGUUAUUCCCUAUCUUUACUUUCACUUUUGCUACAAGUAGACCUCAGUGAGGUGUUGAUGAGAAAGUUGGUGUUAUUCACUUGAUUCUAUUAUUGUCAACUUGUAACUUCUUAAGCCAUGUGGUUACCAAACUGUUAUACUCAGUGCUAUAAACUUUUCU